AUACAUCGUGUCUUUACCCUUCAAAAAGGACUAUCCGAACAACAUUUCCUUAGGACCAUCGCUGAAAGGCGCCUGCUUUCAGUUCUACCGGAACGAGACGCGCCUAGCGAGAAACCCUGUCCUGCAAACGGAAUAUAAUCGGGUUUCGAGGGAAUAUGAGACAUUAGGGCAUAUGUCUAAAAUAUCUGAUAACGUGCCAGCAGACUCAGCUGACUGUUAUUUCUUACCUCAUCACGCUGUUUUGAAGGAAGAAAGCAUCAGUACAAAGGUCAGAGUCGUAUUCAAUGCCUCAUGCCCUACCGACAAUGGCGCGAGCUUAAAUGACGUCCUCCAUCCCGGUUCAAUUCUUCAAGCCGAUUUAACCAUCCUGAUCCUCCGUUGGAGACUGUUUAAAUAUGUAUUCAACAGCGACAUCGAAAAGAUGUAUCGGCAAAUUCUGGUAAAUAAUAAACAAAGAAAAUACCAAUGAAUAGUAUUUCGUACCAGCCCACAGGAGCCAGUCAGUUUAUACGAACUGAAAACGGUGACCUUUGGCAUUAACUGUGCCAAAAUCCGUACCUCGCUAUAAGGACAUUACAUCAACUUGCUGACGAUGUAGAGAGCUCUUAUCCAAUCGCAGCAAACAUAUUGCGAAAAUGCAUGUAUGUGGACGUCGUACUCGCCGGUGGACAUAGCAUCGAUUCCGCGAUAAGAGCUCGAGAUGAAAUCUCACAAGUAUUGCAGUAAUCUGGUUUCCCACU